AUGAAUGAUGAGCUAUUUGUGGUCGUUGAGAUUAUUAAAAUUCCCAAUGGUGAUGUGCCAAAUGAAGUGCAUACAUUUAACUUCAGCCUGGCAAAUGUUGACAAAGUUAAUCCUCAGGAAGGCUUUGACUGUGUCCAGCAAAAGCACUCCAGUUCUGGAGUCUUGCAACUCAGUUGCGUGGGACCUAUAAAGAAUAAAAUUAUAAUACGCCCAGUAAGAGAUUCCUCUCAGCCGACCAGAAAGUGCACGACCCAAGCAGAAGAGGAGUCGCGCAAUGGAAGUACAAAGGCUAUUAAACCUAGUGGACCAUUUUUAGCGAAAAAAACACAGGUCAGAAAAGCACCACAAAUUGUUACAAAUAUUGCACCUGAGAGGAAGAAAUCAACACCCGUGAAGCUUACAAACAAAGUACUGAGGCCUCAGGCAAACAGUGCUGUUUCUCAUCGACCAUACAGGGACAGAGUGAUUCACUUACUGGCACUGAGGAGUUACAAGAAACCAGAGUUACUUAGUCGCUUGCAGGUAGAUGGUGUCAACCAAAAGGACAAGAACUGCCUUGGAAUGAUCCUUCAUCAGGUAGCAAACCUGAAUCCAAAGGAUAAUUCUUACAGUCUAAAGGAUUAUCUACGUAAAGAAAUCCAGAAAGAUUGGCCUGGAUACAGUGAAACAGAGAAACACACAGUGGAAUUACUACUGUCUAGAAAAUUAGAUUCAUCUCAGAAUAGCACCAGCACCAGUGUAUUGAAAUCUCCUGUGACUUCUAAGAUCACUUUUUCUCAGUUUGGCAAUUUUACCGAUCCUCUGAACAAGAAGCAAAGGAUAUCUCGCGUGAACAGUCAAAGCCAUCAGCCAGUGAGUGGCCGCUGGCCUGCUUCCAGAGAGAAAGCCGCAGCUGCCUCUCUGCUGCCUCCCUGCGACGGAGCCGCUGCUCCCACUUCUCUGCAUUUCACAGUCCUCCCCGCUUCCAGCCCCGUGCACAUGGCCAUCUUUAAUUCCCCCAGCACCCCCGAGAGGCAGGGGACACAGGACUUGCCGAUGAACAGCUUCAGUCAAAAUAGCGAUAGCAUCUCGAAGGACCAGAAAGACAAAUGUACUUCUCAGACUCCUCUGGGUACCCCAGUGCCUUCUGCAGUGCAGGUGACGCCUCCCAAGCCCAGAGCCAAGAAACGUGUGUGGACAGAAGAAGUGGUGCACAAAACGCCCAAGAAGGUAAAGAAGGAGGAGAGUGAGAAGGACAAAAGUAAAAUGCAGGACACCAUGAGUGUGAGCAAAGAGGAGAAAGGCCUUGGAAAAGAAGAAACUGCUACGCUGAAAAAAUUGUCUGGUUCAGAUUCAAGUGAAGGAGUUAAAGAAAUUUCCACUGUCUCCACAGAUCUUCCGUCAACAAGUGAACAACCAGACUACUUCAUAAAAUACAAAGCUAUAGUCUCACUUGAGCAGUGCCAGAGUUACAAGGAUGACUUCAAUGCAGAGUAUGAUGAACACCAGAACUUGCACAGGGAAUUGGAAAGUAUCAGCAGGAAGUUCAAGGAUCUUGAUGCACAGUGGAGGGUUACUUCUCCAGGCAGUGAAGAAUAUCAGCUUCUUCGUGCUGAAAUCUUAGAAGAGUAUCAGAAGUUAAAGCAGUCUAGCCCCAGCUACCAUGAAAAGAAGUACAGAUACAAGUAUCUCCACCAAAAGCUGUCUCAUAUUAAGAGUCUAAUAGGAGAAUUUGACCAACAGCAAGCAGAGUCAUCCAUGGACCAGGACAUGUGA